UACGUGAUAGUAAAUUCUUAUAUAAAGCUUGAUUAUUGGUGGAUCGAUGGCUCCAUCUGUAGGUCUUAAGAUUACCAACUUUUUGGUACUGUUUAUGAGUUUGGUUCUCACAUAUCAACAAGUGAUACCAGUAUUAGAAGGAAGGAUUACUACGGUGAGUAUAUCAUCGACAGAAGAUGAUUUAGAAAGACAACCAAGUAGGACUCCUAUCAAAACGAUACAUACUCCAUGGGGUGAUAUUUACGACUGCUUUGAAUUCCACAAACAACCGGCAUUUGAUAAUUUUAUAUUAAAGAACCAUAAAACCGAGACGAGAGAAGAAAUAGUUUCCACAUACUUGGAUGAAGUAUUUGGUCUAGUAGAAGGGUGCCCGAAAGGAAUGGUCCCUAUUCGUAGGACAACCAGGGAAGAUCUAGUCAGAGCAAAAUCCUUACUUUUUGUCAAAUGCUCCUGGUUCUCAGUUUGUAAGUGA